AUGCGCACGCCGCCGGUGUCAACGCCGCGUCCACCGAGCACCAGCAACAGCGCCUCGAUUCUCUCCGAGAGCCUCGUUCGUCUACACGCUGCCGUGUUCGGACUUUUAUUCGGGAAUAUCGGUGGGGUGCGUCAGUCGUUGCCAAGUUUUGCACGUCAUGUGACAGUUUCGUCUCGUAAAGGGCCAACCUGGAUCACGCGCGCACACGUCGAGACCUGGUUGCACGAAGAGACCACUUGGCUUGAUGAGCACAGUGCGACCCGAGACGCGCUAGAAACUUCUUUCUCGUCACCUGUCAAAGACGCGAGUGUUUCGGCAACUGACACGCUUGAAGAUAAGAACGCUGCUCUGGAGCGCGUUCUGCAGCGACUGGUGGCGUACGGGGUUCUGGUGGCCUCGCCUCUGCGCUCGCCACCGGAAACCGGUGUGAACGGGCAUCCGACAGCCUCGGGCGUGGCAGGCCUUGCAGAUGCGCCCGACUACGGCGUCGUCCACUUUAUGCAGAAUGAAAGCGAGUGUUCGUUGAAUACGCUGUUGCGACUUCCGGAGAGUCUGCGCCGGAGCGCGCGGUAUCCCGCACGCACCCUGGCCCUCGAGACUGAGCGUGUGCUGGACGCGCUGCUGCAGGUCGCGCUUCCCGUCGAAGACUACGCGGAUUACGGUCUACGCUACGAGGCGGUGUUCGCGGACCCAUGUUUUCCCGAGUGGCUCACAUUGGCCUCCCUGCUUGCGUGGUGCCGUCGUCCUGAUGACUCGCUCGCCGAUGACGGCCAGAAGCUGGCCUUUUACUGUAACAUCUUCAACGGAAUGGUGAUCCAGGCGGUCAUUCAGGAGCUGAAACUACGCGGCACCGCGAAAUCGUCUCGUUUCCCGGACGCCAUGGAGCUCCUGCGUCGUACGCAUUUCGUCCUGUGUGGGGAGCUCAUGACGCUGGAGGAUUUGCGGGACCAGGUGAUUCGCUUCGGGUGCCGGCAAUCGCUAGGCAAGGACCAGGAACGUUUUGCUCCGCUCCUGGUUUCCGUCUGUGAACCGCGAGUGCAUUUCGUUUUGCACUGGGGCGCUCGUUCGAGUCCGUUACCUCGCUGCGUUCAUUUGUCGCGUUGGGAAUGCGACUUGGAUGCAGCGACGACGUCGUUUCUUCUGAAUCCCCGCCAGGUUUUUAUUCCGUUACAGGCCAAAUCGUCAAUUCAAUUAUCUCGGCUAUUUGAAUGGUUUGGGGAGGACUUUGCCGCAGAUUGUCGUCGUGUUCGGGCGGAGGGCCAUACCCAGCUGGCGACGUUGCGCUGGAUACAUGCGCACCUGGCAGAGGAUACAACGGCAGAACGGGCUCUCAGCGAGCGCCUAGCCCGACUCGAGGGCGCUUCGGCGGAUUCGGAAACGGAACAGGAAGCAGACCGCUCGACGCGCUGUUUCCCCUGCCGACGCAUUGUCACGCUGCCGAAGCCGCGAAUGAUUCAGUAUAUGGAUUUCGAUUCGCGGAUUGCAAUCGCGGCCUCCGAAAACGCGCAGUCGUGA